AUGGUUAAGAACUUGACUUUCGAUGUCCGCUACGACAAUGAGCUAGCUCAUGAAUACUACGGCGAGGGAAGCAAGCUCGCGGCCACAAUCCGGCAGACCUACCAUGAUAGAGACCUGGAAGUCCCCGACGAAUAUGAUUCCACGCUGACCACUCCGCCCAUCCACUUCAUGUCGGUCUCUGCCCCAGACACGGUGGAUGUAGAUAAUUUGAAAGGCGUCCAGGUCCCGCCAGGAUUGAACAUCGAGAUCUUGGAUUUCGACAUGUAA